AUGGCGUUCGGCAAGCUCUUCACCUACCCGGCCAACCCCCGCACCGCGGCCAUCCGCGCCGUCGCGAAGGCCAACAACGUCGACCUUGAGUACAUCGAGGCCGACACCACCAAGCCUUCCAUCGAGCACCUCAAGGCCAACAAGCUCGGCAAGGUCCCUGCCUUCCUUGGCGAGGAUGGCUACCCUCUCUCUGAGUGCAUUGCCAUCGCCAUCUACAUCACCUCCCAGAACGAGAAGACCACCCUUCUCGGCAAGACCAAGCAGGACUACGCUUCCAUCCUGAAGUGGAUGUCCUACUUCAACUCUGAGGUCCUCCCCCCCAUGGGUGCUUGGUACCGCCCCCUCCUCGGCAAGGACGCCUACAACAAGAAGGCCGUCGAGGACUCCUCCAAGGUCGCCCUCAAGGCCGUCAAGGUCGUCGAGGAGCACCUCCUCAGCAACACCUACCUCGUUGGCGAGCGCAUCACCCUUGCCGACCUCUUCGCCGCUGGCAUCAUUGCCCGUGGCUUCGAGUUCUUCUUCGACAAGCAGUGGCGCCAGGAGAACCCCAACGUCACCCGUUGGUACGACACCAUCAUCAACCAGGACAUCUGGACUGCCGUUUCCGAGAAGCAGGAGUACCUCGAGACCCCCAAGCUCACCAACGUCCCCCCCAAGAAGCCUGAGCAGCCCAAGAAGGAGGCCAAGAAGGAGGCCCCCAAGCCCGCUGCCCCGGCUGCUGAGGAGGCCCCUGCCGCCCCCAAGCCCAAGCACCCCCUUGCUGAGCUCCCCCGCGCCACCUUCGACCUCGAGGAGUGGAAGCGUCAGUACUCUAACAUCAAGAACCACGAGGAGGCCAUGAACUGGUUCUGGUCCAACGCCAACUUCGAGGAGUUCUCCCUCUGGAAGGUCAAGUACAAGUACAACGACGAGCUCACCAUGACCUUCAUGUCCAACAACCUGAUUGGCGGCUUCAACAACCGUCUUGAGGGUUCCCGCAAGUUCAUCUUCGGAUGCGCUGCCGUCUACGGCGCCAACAACGACUCCGUUAUUGAGGGAGCCUUUGUCAUCCGUGGCCAGGACUACAAGCCCGCUUUCGACGUCGCUCCCGACUACGAGAGCUACGACUUCGAGAAGCUCGACCCUACCAAGGCCGAGGACAAGCAGUACGUCUCCGACUCUUGGGGCUGGGAGAAGCCCAUCACCCACAACGGCAAGGAGUACCCCGUUGCCGACGGCAAGGUCUUCAAAUAA